AUGUGUGCAGCUCCGGAACGCCACCCGACCUUCAGGGCGAGCUUCGCCGAGAGAGCCAACCACGUCCCUCAUCCGUUGUCGAAUUACCUCCUCCGAUUGAUGGAACUCAAGAAGUCAAACCUGUGUUUGAGUGCCGACGUUACUUCCGCCCGCGAACUAAUCGCCCUGGCCGAUCAGAUUGGCCCCUCCAUCGUCAUACUCAAGACGCACUACGACCUCGUUGCUGGAUGGGACUAUCAUCCGCAGACGGGCACCGGCGCCAAGCUAGGCGCUAUCGCUAGAAAACAUGGCUUCCUCAUCUUUGAGGACAGGAAAUUCGGCGACAUUGGUAGCACUGUCCAGUCGCAGUAUACAGCCGGUACCGCCCGCAUCAUCGACUGGGCCCAUAUCGUCAAUGUUAACAUGAUCCCGGGCAAAGCGGCAGUUACGGCGCUUCUCGAGGCAGCCGCGCGAUGGCGGUCGCGUGUCAACUACGAGGUGAGGACGUCCGUCUCCGUCGGCACGCCAGUCUCGGAUUCGUUCGACGAGAAUGGGGAGGAGGGGGAGGAUCAACCGGCUCCCUCAUCUAAGGAACCGCCUCCGUCGACGAGCUACCGCGGAACCGACCACAGUGGCAGGAAGGGCAGCAUCGUAUCCAUCACCACCUUAACACAAUCUUUCGAACCCGUGGACUCGCCGCGCUUUGCCACGGCCAUCGCCGAGGGGGACGAGCUCGUAUACGCGGGCAUCGAGGAACCUCCAUGGGAGCGGGGCCUCCUGAUUCUAGCUCAGAUGUCGAGCGCCGGGAAUUUCAUGAACAAGGAGUACACACAAGCCUGCGUCGAGGCUGCGAGGGAACACAAAGGUUUCGUGAUGGGGUUUGUUUCCCAGGAAGCGCUAAACACCGAGCCGACGGACACCUUCAUCUCCAUGACACCGGGCUGUCAGCUGCCUCCCGAGGGGGACGAGGAGAAUGGGGCGGUUGCAGGCGACGACCUGGGGCAGCAGUACAACACUCCGGCAAGGCUCGUUGGUGACUGCGGUAGCGACAUAAUCAUCGUCGGGCGGGGUAUCCUCAAAGCAGCUUCUCCGCAAGCCGAAGCCGAGCGGUAUCGAAGGAAAGCAUGGAAGGCAUACCUCAAGCGGAUAGGGCAACAGACGGAGUGCGAUCGGAAGAUGCCCUGUACGAAUUGUGUGUCGCGGAACAAGGCGGCCGCUUGCCGAUAUGAGGCUGGGGCGCCGCCUGCGAAGCCUGGCGGGAAAGGAUUCCCCCCGAACGGCAGUGACCACGCGCCCGACACCGUCGAGACCGUACCUAUCAAGACGGCAGACUUCGGCUACACCCCGAACAGCACGUCCACCCUUGGCAUACUGCGCAAGAUCGAGGGGGAUGGCGAGCCUCUAGAGGGGAUGCCGUCGGAUAAUUUCGAUGGGGAUCAUUACGGGAUCCGGGAGCGCUACAAGGCACUGGUCCGUCAGCUGCCGGCCAGGACCUACGUCGAAAAGCUGGCCGAUAUCUACUUGCGCGACAUCAAUUGGCAAUACUUCAGCAUCGACGAGCCCAUAUUUCGGGAGCUGAUGGACAGGUGGUAUAACACGCCGUUCAACGUCCUGUCCAACUCGGGCCCGCAAGCCCUGGAUCCCAUGCUGAGGGCCUUCCCGGCCUUGCUGUUCCAGAUGCUAGCCUCUGCCCUCCUAUACCUCCCAGAAGGGGUCGGGGAGACCUUCGAGUCGUUGAAGUACACAGGCAAUAUGACCUUCGACGACUUAGCCUUUGACUACAGCGAGUCGGGCAUCUCUAUCUCGUCGAUCCUAGGUAAGCGUCAGAUGUCCAUCAUCACUGUGCUGGCCGGCUGGGUGCGUGCUUGUUUUCUCAAGUAUACCGGCAUGGUUACCGAAGCUUGGCAUCAAAUUGGCACAUGCAUCCGGGAUGCGCAGGAGAUCGGCCUACACCGCGACCAGAUGGAUCCUCAGCCAGGUCCAGACGAUUCGACCGAGGAUGCUUUGGAGAAGAUGUGGAUGGCUCAGAGCCGGCGGAGGAUCUGGAUGAUCCUCCUCGGCUGGGAUCUACAUACCGGCGCCGUCCUCGGUAGGCCCACAAGCGUAGAUUAUCGUCUAAUGAGUCGGAGUCUCCCAGUCGACUCGAUCAUCCCCAAGGACCGAAAAAGGUCGCCCAUAGUACCGCGCGGCGAGGACGACCCUCCAACACCCUUAACGCGAGCGAUGUGGUCCUGGGAGUGCCUGAAGUCUCUACGAGACAUCCUUAAUCUGGAGAAGGAGGGACCCUUUCCCAAGGACUUUUCCAAGGUCGAAAAUAUACAUCGGGACCUGCUCAACCUCCGAGCCCGAAUUCCGGCACCCUUUAGACUGGAAACCCCGGACACGCGGUUUGAUAACCUCCCGGGGUGCUGGUGGCUGCCCUACACACGACCGAUCUUGCCGCAGCUGGUGUCAUUUAACAUCAUGGCGCUGCACCGUCCGUAUGUUUUCACGCGCGCCAUCAGCCGCCGUGAGGCGCUCCAGGCCAGUUUAGAUAUGCUGGAAGCGCAGAAGCUGUACUUCGCUAUGCUGAAACCACAUCAGCACAGGACCUUUACCCUAUUCUUCGGCACAUUUGACGCGACUAUCAUGAUCGCAUCCAUCUACAUCCUGUUCCCGAAGGAGCACCUAGAGUUGCUACCAAAGGUGAAACAACAUUUCGAGUGGGCGAUCGAGCGCUUCGAGAUGAUGGCCGUGCGGAAUCGACUCGCUCAAGCCGCAUUAGGUGUGCUGCACGCCAUUAAUAUCCGUUUCAAGAAAUCCGUCGGCUGCAAUUACCAAGCCAUGUCAGGCGCCAGCGAAGCAUGCAGCACUUGUACGAGCGGUAGCGGCACGGCUGGGAGUUCUUCCGACAUUCAGACGCCCAACUCAGUGUCCGAACACUCGUCUUCCUCCUCCCAGAGUCUCGGCCUGUUGAAUGCCGGCACCUCAUCGACGCUAGCUACGAUACCCGAGAGGGGCGCGAGCGUUAGCUCAGGCGCGGGCCUAACGCCGGCUUCAGGGUCCGACAACAACGUAUUUGCCAACGCAGACUGGUCGCUGCCGACCGAUUUCGACUUCAGCACCAUCAUGCCCAUAUACCCGAUGGGUGACGUAGCGUACAACGAUCUAGUUGCUGUUCCGGGGGACGGGACCUCGAUGACGUGGUCGCCCGAGACCUUUACCGGCACGGCCGCCGUCCCGAUGGGCAAUGGCCUCCCGGCUAACCACGCAUUAACGGGUGCCGCGGGAGAGGAGCAGACGCUGUGGCAAUUCGGCGGCGAAUUCGGAAACGACACACUAUGGAACAUAUUGAACCAGUUCCCCACUUACUAA